UAAGCAAAUAAUUGAAUUUGGUUUCCGGUUCUCCGUCCACCGGCUUUCUCCUCCGGCCAUUUGACACUCAAAUUCUCUCACUCUCCAGCAACGAACCCCACCGUUCUUCACAGAAGAGAUACAUUAACGUCCUCCGAUCCGACGGAACACGGCGGAGAUGGGUCCACCCAAAACCCUCCGCACGAUCUCACAGGAAGCCUUCGACGAGGUGGUAAGAGAGAAUGUGGAGGACCUGGGGAUGGAUCCGACUGAAGCUCUCCAGGAUGCAAUCGAAACCUUAACUCUCCAAGGCGUUGAUCUCUCAGGCAUUGUGAGAUGUGUUCCUGGAGAGGGUAGCGCGAGAGAUAAUCCUUUGGUACAGAGAUUGGAGAGGCUGAAACAAUUGGAUGGUGAUUCGAAGGAUAGAAUCAGUGACGAGUAUGUUGACGAGAUUGUGGUUUUAUUUGAUGGAAUUUCUGAGCUAUGUGGAUCAAAAGAAGAAUCCGGAAAUGCAUCGAUUGCAUUAAGAAAUGGGGGAUUAGGAUUGCUUUGUUCUCUUUGUUACAAGAUUCCAAAUGAUUGUGAACGUGCUAUUGCUUCUGCUUUGAAGACAAUGGUGUUAUUGCUUCCAGAUUUACACAGUACGGAAAUAUUUCGUACUAGCAAUGGACCCAAAAUCGUAAUGGAUAUUCUGAAUAGUGGCAAGCAAAAUGUAGACAUCUUACAUGGUGGAUUUGCUGUCGUUGCUGCGGCUGCAACUGCUAAUGAGGUUCUUAAAGAGGUAUUCAUGGAGAUGAACAUUGAUGAGCUUAUUUUGCAGACUCUGAGUACGUACAGAGGUGAUUGUAUUAGUAGCUUAUAUGAUGCUAUUCGGAUUCUGCUGACACCUGAUGAUCAUCGUGUAGUUGCCUCUCAAGUUUAUGGUUAUGCCCGAAGAUUUGCAAAAAUUGGAAUUGCUAAUGCUCUUGUUGACUUGCUACAUGGAGGACUUAACUCAGCUGGUCUAGUUUCUGCGAGCAUUGCUUUAAGGGCUGUUGCCGUUAAUGAUGAAAUUUGUAAAUCCAUAGCUGAAAAUGGUGGUAUUGAUGCAGUUCUGAGAUGCAUUGACGACAGUGGUGAUCAAGGCAAUAAAAUGGUAGCUAAAGUUUGCUGUUCUUUGUUAUCAAAGUUGGCAGGAAGUGAUGCUAACAAGAGCGCUAUUAUUGAAAAGAAAGGAUUGGAUAAACUAAUCAAGCUUUCAUCCAGAUUUAGUGAUGAUCCAUCUGUUCUGCAGGAGGUAAUGUCGAUUAUAUCAGUGCUUUCAUUGAGAUCUCCAGAAAAUGCAACACGCGCAAUUGAAGCUGGAGCUGGAGAUCUUGCUAUUCAAGCUAUGCAGAAGUUCCCUUCAGCUCAACAAAUGCAAAGGAACUCCUGUAACAUGAUACGAAAUCUUGUGGUCAGGAACCCAGAAAACAGAGCUGUUUUGCUCAAAAGUGGAAUCGAGAAAUACAUUCGAAAAGCGAAGCAAAACCAUGAAAGCUGCAAAGAUGCUGCAAGUGAUGCAUUAAGAGACUUGGGGCUUGACAAUUAUCUGUAGCCUUUGAGAGCUUGGUUUGAUUUCCUUUCACUUGUUUUUUUAAAUUCACAAUCUUUUGUGCAACUUUGCAUUCUUCUUUUUUGGCUCAUUUUGCUUCACUUUUAGUGUAAGUUAGGAUGGGGAGUGGGAGAAAAAGUGAUAACUUUGGUUAAAUUUUUUAACCCACGCGGCCAAAAUUCAUCUGUCGAAAAAUUAGGUUGGCUGAUGAGUGUAGAAAUCCUGUAGUUACAAGGAACCUUACAUGUAACAAAUACUUGCCUGUUUGUCCUGUUUAUGAUAUGUUUUACAGAUGUUUUGUCAGCGUGAA